GCGCUAGAUUUUGGCGCGAAAAUCCGUCUUCCAUUUUGUCAUGUAGACACGUUGAAGUAGCUCCAGAUUCGUAUUUUUCCUAAAUAUUUGUCAUCGUGUUGUGUUGUUUGCUGUUUCAUCCAUUAUAUAUACUGAUUAGCCAUGGAGGCGUUUCUAAAGGGUAAAACAAGCGCUAGUAGUUCAUCAAAAGUGAAGCAAGGGGUUGCUGGGUCUUUGGGCAAACAGAAGUCAUCGCCUUGGGUCGAGAAAUACCGUCCAAAGUGUGUUGAUGAUGUUGCUCAACAAGAAGAGGUUGUGAUGGUAUUGAAGAAGUCCCUUGAAGGUGCUGACUUGCCCAAUCUGCUGUUUUAUGGUCCACCUGGAACAGGAAAGACUUCAACUAUUCUUGCUGUGGCUAGAGAGUUAUAUGGACAUGAAAUGUUGAAGCAAAGAGUUCUUGAGUUGAAUGCAUCUGAUGAGCGAGGAAUCCAGGUUAUUAGGGAUAAAGUGAAAACAUUUUCUCAAUUAAGUGCAUCAGCAUCAAGGCCAGAUGGCAAGCCAUGUCCACCCUUCAAGCUUGUUAUCUUAGACGAGGCAGACUCUAUGACACCGAGUGCUCAGGCUGCACUUAGAAGAACAAUGGAAAAACAGACUAAAACCACAAGAUUCUGUCUCAUCUGUAACUAUGUCAGUAGAAUCAUUGAGCCUUUGACAUCUCGGUGUUCCAAGUUUCGCUUCAAACCUUUAUCAAGUGAAAUACUAGAGAGAAGAUUGAAGGAAAUUUGUGUCAAAGAAGAGGUCAAUUGUGAGGAUAAGGCCAUUGAUGAAGUCAUUAAGAUUUCUGAGGGAGACAUGAGAAAGGCAAUAACAUUUCUACAGAGUGCACACCGCCUGAAAGGAGACUCUGGUAUUGUAGCUGAGGACAUUAUAGAAAUUGCAGGGGCCAUUCCGGACAACUUGAUAAAGUCCUUGUUUGAUGCCAGCAGAUCUGACUCUUAUCAAAAGCUAGAGGGUGUUGUCAAGGAAAUUAUUGCAGAGGGACAUGCAGCAUCACAACUGAUUGGCCAGGUUCAUGACCAAAUUGUUCAAAUGGAAGAUUUGAAUGAUCAUCAGAAAUCAGCAAUAAUGGAGAAAAUUGCUAUUGUCGACAAAUGUCUGAUAGAUGGUGCCGACGAGUACCUACAAGUUCUCAGUAUGUGUUCUGUAAUGAUGCAGCAAUUUUGCCAUGCUGGGUAGUGGAAUGCCUUAUCUUAUGUAUUAACAGGCUCCAUCUGUACAGAAAAUAUAGAAAAACAACAGUAAACAUAAAUACCAUGGUCUGUAUGGACCAAAAAGAUGUUAUUAUACAAAAAUUUUACCGUGCAGUGAAAUACCAUAUCCAUAAUUUAUGGGUUCUCUGCACAUACAACUUAAGAGUAAGUACGCAGCUGCUUUGUCUCCUAUUAUCUUUGUUCUACAAAGGAGUUCUUUUGUCUCUAUUCUUCUCGUUCUUUGUGUCGAGGUGCGGAUAUUUUUCAUUUGCCCAAUCAAAUUGCAGCUUGUAAGAGCUGCGUACUGACCCCAACGUCAUGCUGGAGCAGUAUAUCAAUUCUCCUGGAUUAAUGGGCUGCCUGUGUAGGGUACAUUUUCUCUUUCAAUGGCUUUGCUUUGCCUGGAUUUAUGGGCUUCCUGUUUAUGUGUCAGUGUGUCACAAUACAACAUGCGGCUUGAUGUACACCACCUUCUAAAGUCAUAUAUCUUCCUAGGAUAAGAACAUCUGCACUGUCAUUGUAUGACAAUUGUUCAUUGAUAGGUAGCCAUCACCAUCUACCCUGGAUCAAUGGGCUUCCUUUGUAAUUAAAAUGCAGCCUUUACACAGAUAUACUUAGCCCUUCUUUCCUUAUUAUUUCCCCUGAAUCUUUUUCUUCUGUUUUCUGUGAAUAAAGCUGAAAGAGCAUCAAGU